AUGGAAGGUAGGGUAGAGAACAAGGGAACGUUUAAAUACAGGAUCAUCCCUAAAAAUCAAACGAAGGCUCCAACCAAGCAAACUAUAAAAGUGAGGAGCCGAGUAAUACUAAGGACGAGAAGAGCAAAGGAAAGUGUCUACCUCCCAAGAAACAGCGAUAUAAGGGAAAGUAGAAGGGACAACUCCCUGGGGAUCCGAAGAGCCCCAAAGGGGGAGGAUAUGGAUGAAUCUGAAUGGAGACCUUAUGAGGCAGUGUUUCGGUUUCGACAGGACAAAACAAGGCGGAAGCAAAACUCCCAAGAAGAAAUAAGUACCCCCAGAAACACAGGCACUCCGAAGGGGGAGUACAGGCGAAAGAGACAGCCGGAAAACGAGAUCAGUAUCCGUGAGCCAGGAAUUCCGUACCGAACAACAAGGAAGAUAUACCAUGGGGCAAGGAACGCUACCCAAGUUAAAAAGUUCGUGAAUCGUCAACAUCCAAGGAAAAAGUGA